CUACUGCUUCACCGAUCUUAACGUUGACUUUAAUGUUAACCUCAACGUUGACCUCAACGUUGAUUUCAAAAUUGACUUUAACGUUGAUUUCAACGUUGACUUUAACGUUGAUUUCAACGUUGACUUUAACGUUGACCUCUACAUUGAUCUCAACAUUGAUUUCAACGAUGAUUUCAACGUUGACUUUAACGUUGAUUUCAACGUUGAUUUCAACGUUAACUUUAACGUUGAUUUCAACGUUGACCUCAACGUUGAUUUCAACGUUGACCUUAAUGUUGAUCUUAACGUUGACCUCAAUAACGUUUACUUUAACGUUAAAAUCAACAUUAACCUCAACGUUGACCUUAACGUUGAUUUCAAUAUUGACUUUAACGUUAAUUUCAACGUUGACUUUAACGUUGACCUUAACGUUGAUUUCAACGUUGACCUUAACGUUGACCUCAACGUUGAUUUCAAUGUUGAUUUCAACGUUGACUUUAACGUUGAAAUCAACAUUAACCUCAACGUUAACCUCAACGUUGAUUUUAACGUUGACUUCAACGUUGACUUUAACGUUGACCUUAACGUUUAUUUCAACGUUGACUUUAACGUUGACCUUAACGUUGAUCUUAACGUUUACCUUAACGUUGAUUUCAACGUUGACCUCAACGUUGAUUUCAAUGUUGAUUUCAACGUCUAUUUCAAUGUUGACCUCAACGUUGAAGUCAACGUUGAUUUUAACGUUGAUUGUAAUGUUGAGGUCAACGAUGUUGACUUUAACGUUGAGAUCAACGUUGAUUUCAACGUUGAUUUCAGCGUCGUUUACAUUAUAAAUUAA